AUGGAUCCUAAAGACCGGUCCAUUGUUGGGGGCGAGCAAAACGACGUGGCAGACGAUGACAACACGGAAGCUUCCGGGCAUGUUCGAAAUCAAGAAGAUGGCGGCAGCUCUCCAGCCAAUGACUACGAUGCUCAAACUGUUGAGCGUAUCUACAGGUGCCUUUCUAUUCUUCCACUGUACGGACGAUACGCUCACACGCGCCCAGGAAAUUGGAUCUGCGCAUCAUCCCACGUCAGAAUGCUCCCCAAAGCAUCAGCUUUUCAGUGCACUGCUAAUCCCCCGCUAGCAUUUUGGCUUCUCUACUUUCUAUGUUCUGCCAUUCGCUCCAACAUAGGAAUCGCCCAGACAAUGAACAGGCGAGACGGGCAUGAUAUCAUAUCACUCCUGAACCUCUCCCCCAGGGAUAUCUCGACAGCACUCGCUCUCUUUUACGUAUCGUAUGUCAUCUUCGACCUUCCCUCUAACCUCAUCAUGAGCAAGACGAGCCCUCGGGCCUGGAUGGCCCGCAUUGUUUUCGCUACCGGCCUUCUUGGAGCCUGCUUUGCAGCUGUCCAGGAUGCCUGGAGUCUCAAGCUCCUGCGCUUUCUCCUCGGCAUGGUCGCCGCAGGCAUGUGGCCCGGCAUGGCCUUUUACAUGACUCUAUUCUACCCCCCAUCUCGGACGGGCAGGCGAAUCGGGAUGUACUUUACCGCCUCACAGGCCUCGGCAGCCAUCGUCGGUCUCGUCUCCGUCCUCUUCCAAUUCAUGGAUGGUGUUGCUGGCCUCGCCGGCUUCCGAUGGAUGUUUUUACUCUACGGGCUCGCCGCCAUCAUUCUGAGCGUCGUCCUCUUGUGGUGGCUCCCUGACCGACCCUUGGCUCCCGGCCAAGCAAGGACGCGUCAUAAAUGGUUGCGCUGGUUGCCUGCCACGUCCGAAGCCCUCACGGGUGAAGAUGCCAUCAUUCACUACCACGACCUUCGGCGCGUCUACCACUCUCGACCCUGGAAGUUGAAGGACCUGGCCUUCGUUCUCCUUGACUGGCGCCUGUGGCCACUGACGUUGAUGUACUUUGGCGUCGUCGGCGUAGGCAUCGGCAUUCAGCUGUAUGGCUCCAUCAUCAUCGCGACCAUCCUUCCGCGCGCGCCCGACAUCAUAGCUACCGACGUCCUAGUCAGUCUUCUUUUUGCGCCAAUCUGGAUUAUGGAUUUGAUUGCCAUUCUCAUCGUCACCCGCCUGUCUGACCACUUCCAUCGCCAUCGUGCCGUCUUCUUUUCCGGGGCCGUCUGCGUUCAGAUCGCUGGUCUUCUCACCACCACAUUUGCUCUCAACAGCUGGGCCCGUUACGGAGGGCUCCUCAUGGUAGGCUUUGGCCUUGGACCUACCGUCCCCAUCUGCAUGGCGUGGACCUCGGAGGUCUUUCAACGUCGGCAUGGCGAGGUUGGCGUCGCCGCCGCGACUGCCUUGGUAUCUGGCUUGGGAAACCUUGGUAGCAUUACCACCACCUACGCCUUGUACACGGGGUGGCCCGAAGAUGCGCAUGGCCGCUACCGCUUCCGCAAGAGCAACCUUACGAUGAUUGGCAUCUUGUGUAUGAGCAUCGCCAGCGCAAUCACCAUGACCGCUCUUCUCAAGUUGAUCGGCAAUGAGCCAAGCACGAAGCUGUACGGAGGCGACGCAGCGGCCGUGCCUGAAGACGGAGCUGCCCGACGCGAGAGGGAGCAGGGAGGGUUUGGCCGAUCUAGUCGCAACACUGGCGCUGCGCGAGCCUGA